GCGCGACCUUCCUCCGUGAGGAAGAGGAGCCUCAUCUCUGAGAGACUGUGGGAGGAUGCCGCAUCCGUGCGCCAGAAGUUGCACGCGCCGGUUCUGAGCAUGAAUGGAUCCCGCUGUGCUCAUCUUCCUGCUGUAUGUGAUGAUCGCGCACGAGCUCGUGUGCGGCUUGAUGCAACACCGGAGACAGAGCGACAAACCCAGAAGACGCGCUGCGGGACCUCUGCUGCGCUCAAGUGCCCAGGUGUGUCGGGGCGUGUGGAGGGCAGCCAGCCAACCGUACAGCCCCAACCGAGGAGGGAGGGACCUGAGGAAAAGUGGACGCUUUGUGAGGAAAGCAUAACAAAACUGUAAAGCUAAUCUGACGGAAAGUGAACAUCCAAGCAGCUUCUGGCUCUAAUUGUGUUCAGUGAGCUUCAAGACUCAGCAAACAGCAGCCAGUCGGUCAGCAGCAGGCCUCUGCAGCAGAACAUGGCGUCGUUAUCCAUCAGCUCAGGCCUCAACAAGGCCGUCCGUCAGCAGUACAUGAGCCUGCCUCAGGGGGGCAAGUGCCAGGUCACAUACAUCUGGGUCGACGGCACCGGAGAGGGGCUCCGGAACAAGACCAGAACUCUGGAUACAGAACCACGGAGCAUAGAUGAUAUUCCGGAGUGGAACUUUGAUGGAUCGAGCACCUACCAGGCCGAAGGCUCCAACAGUGACAUGUACCUGGUUCCUGUGUGCAUGUUCAGGGAUCCGUUCACCCUCGACCCGAACAAGCUGGUCCUCUGUGAGGUCCUGAAAUACAACCGCCUACCUGCUGAAACAAACCACCGUAACAGCUGUAACAGGGUGAUGGAGAAGGCCAAAGAGCACAGCCUGUGGUUUGGUAUGGAGCAGGAAUACACACUCCUGGGAACAGAUGGACAUCCAUUCGGCUGGCCGGCGAACGGAUUCCCAUUACCUCAAGGCCCUUAUUACUGCAGCGUGGGAGCGAACUGCGCCUAUGGGCGGGACAUUGUAGAGUGCCAUUACAAGGCCUGCCUUUACGCCGGGGUGAAAAUCUACGGCACCAACGCUGAAGUCAUGCCAUCUCAGUGGGAGUUCCAGGUCGGUCCCUGUGAGGGGAUCGAGAUGGGCGACCAUCUGUGGGUCUCACGUUUCCUGCUACAUCGUGUGUGUGAAGACUUUGGUGUGGUAGCCACAUUGGACCCUAAGCCAAUGGCAGGCAACUGGAAUGGUGCUGGCUGCCACACCAACGUCAGCACCAAGCAGAUGAGGGAAGACCAAGGACUGCAAUACAUUGAGAAGGCCAUUGAGAAACUGAGCAAAAAACACAAAGAACACAUUUCUCAGUACGAUCCUCGUGGCGGAUCAGAUAACGCAAGACGCCUCACAGGUCUGCACGAAACCGCCAACAUCCAUGAUUUCUCCGCCGGCGUGGCUAACCGAGGAGCCAGCAUCCGCAUCCCUCGGCAGGUGGGAAAGGAUGGGAAGGGUUACUUUGAGGAUCGGCGGCCAGCGGCCAACUGUGACCCGUACGCUGUGACAAAGGCCAUCGCACAAACAUGCUUGCUUCAUUCAGAAGAAGAAAACAAUUAGAAGAAAACAACAGUUUAAACCACUAAUUCUUUAUGGUGAAUUAAAAACACAUUUAUAUUAAGCAGAAAAUCCAAAACAGCCACCAAGAGAAACAUCGUUUGAUUGAAAUAAUCAGAAAACACACCCAAACGUUCCAGAUGUUAGGAAAUAACUCCAAACAAAUACAAUAAAAGAAGCCUUUAUUCUGAAGGCUGUUAAUGCCGCAACACUGCUGCUGAGCGUUCUGCACCACAGAGCGGUUUUGUUUGUUCCCAUUGGUCAUUCGUGGUAGCGUGAACAGAUUCACCUGUAAGUUUACCUUUAGUGGGUUUUUAUAAACACAAUAAUGAUUAUUACGUUUUAGUGCUGAGCUCCUCAGACAGCAUCAAGAAUGUCUUUAAAAAGAAAGAAAAUGAAGGGGAAAAUAGUUGAAUUUAUCAGCUUUUAUUUAGUUUUAGUUUUUUGUAUUUUUUUUUUGGCUGGUUUGUUUUUUGUACCACAAAGUUGUUUGUUAAGUUAUAUUAAACUGUCUCACUGUAGAGCUGGUUGUAAAGACAUUUUAUUUUACUGGAACCUUUAAAAGUGGUUUUGAAAUGUUGCUUUUAACAUUAAAAACUAUUAAAAAUGA